CACAUACCGCCAGGAGCCCAUUUCACAAUAAACGGAUAAGGCGACAAACACCCCUGUCCAACUCAGCUCGUAACGUUUAUUUCCUCACACUGCAAUGAAAUGAGGGGAGCAUGGGGGCCAAGGAGUCGAGGAUAGGAUUCCUGUCAUAUGACGAGGCCGUUAAGAGAGUCACUGAUGUGGAACUGAAGCGGCUGAAAGAUGCCUUCAAAAGAACCAGUGGCCUCUCCUAUUACAUGACCCAGCAGUGUUUCUACAGGGAAGUGCUGGGAGAUGGAGUUCCCCCUAAAGUCGCAGAGGUGAUCUACACCUCGUUUGGAGGCUCUGCCAAAGGGCUGCACUUUAACAAUCUGAUCGUGGGUUUGGUGCUUCUGACCAGAGGACGUGAUGAGGAGAAGGCAAAGUACCUCUUCAGCCUGUUUGCCAGUGAUCUGGGGGGAUAUGCUGCCAGGGAAGAUAUAGAAGCAGUUCUGCAGGUCCUGGAUGGAGAAGUCCCGGCCUCCCUGAAGGAGUUCUUCGGCGAGGGAGACAAGGUCAACUACGAUCGCUUCAGGAACUGGCUCCUGCAGGACAAGGAAGCCUUCACUUUGUCCAGAUGGCUGCUGUCGGGAGGAGUGUGUGUCACGCUGACGGAUGACAGCGACACGCCCACUUUCUACCAGACCCUAGCGGGCGUCACACACCUGGAGGAGUCUGACAUUAUAGACUUGGAGAAGCGCUACUGGUUGCUGAAAGCUCAGUCCAGAACCGGCCGCUUUGACUUGGAAACCUUCAUUCCUCUCGUCUCUCCUCCUAUUCAUGCGUCACUGAGUGAAGGCUUGUUUCACGCCUUUGAUGAAAAUCGGGACAAUCACAUCGACUUUAAAGAGAUCUCUUGUGGGCUGUCCGCAUGCUGCAGGGGGCCUGUUGCUGAGAGACAGAAAUUUUGCUUUAAAGUGUUUGAUGUGGACCGUGAUGGGGUUCUGUCUCGAGAUGAGCUUCAUGAAAUGGUGGUGGCCUUGCUGGAGGUGUGGAAGGACAAUCGGACAGACUUACUCCCUGAGCUGCAGAGUAGUGUGUCAGACAUAGUAGAAGACAUCCUAAAGAUGCACGACACAACUAAGCUGGGUCACCUGACCCUCGAGGACUACCAGAUCUGGAGUGUAAAGAGCGCUUUGGCCAACGAGUUCCUGAACCUGCUUUUUCAGGUGUGCCACAUAGUCCUGGGGCUCAGGCCUGCUACUCCUGAGGAGGAGGGGCAAAUCAUCAGGGGUUGGUUAGAGAGGGAGAGCAGACAUGGGCUGCAGCAAGGCCAGAACUGGUUCCUCAUCUCUAUGCUGUGGUGGCAGCAGUGGAAAGACUACGUUAAAUAUGAGCAUAAGGGCAUCGUGGUGGAACAGCCAUCCAUCCUGAGCUCACUCAGAACUCCAAUGGCCACGGCCACCGUCGAGCCUGCCCUCCCUGAAAGACUGGGAGGACCGGCCACGUCCGGCCACGUCAGCCCCACCGAGGAGAGGUCACCUGAUGCCGUGUCCAGUGCCUCAGAGGCUACGGAAACUGCAGCACUGAGCCCACAGGUAGCUCCCUCAGCCACAGAGAGCUGUUUCGCACGUCAGCACAACGUCUCAGACAACAACAAUCAGUGUUUUUCUGGAGCCAACGGCCACCUCCCCUCCCAGCUGGCAGCACAAAGACCCGGAGCCAUCGACAACCAGCCUCUGGUCACCACUGACCCCAUGAAGGCGCCCACGUUAACUAUGGAGGGCGGCAGGCUAAAACGCUCCCUGCAGCUGCUGCCUCGUAGAGACUUUGAGACGGUGCCAGAGCCUGUGUGGCGGGCGCUCUACCACUGGUACGGUGCCAACCUCAGCCUGCCGCGACCGGUAAUCUUGGAAAGCAAGACAGGCCAGCCGGAGCUGGAACUCUUCCCCCGCUACCUCCUCUUCCUUCGCCAGCAGCCGGCCACGCGCUCCCCCCAGUCCAACAUCUGGGUCAAUAUGGGUAACGUGCCAUCCCCCAACGCUCCUCUGAAGAGGAUGCUGGCCUACACGGGCUGCUUCAGUCGCAUGGGCACCAUUAAGGACAUCCACCUGUACCUGUCGCAAAGGCUCCGCAUCAAGGAGGAGGACAUGAGGCUGUGGCUCUACAACAGUGAGAACUACCUCACACUUCUGGAUGAUGAAGAUCACACACUGGAAAGCCUGAAGAUCCAGGAUGAGCAGCAGCUGGUUAUUGAAGUCAGGAACAAAGACAUGAGCUGGCCUGAGGAAAUGUCUUUCAUUGCCAACAGUAGUAAGAUGGACAGACACAAAGUUCCCACAGAGAAAGGGGCGACUGGCCUCAGUAACCUUGGCAACACCUGCUUCAUGAACUCGAGCAUCCAGUGUGUGAGCAACACCAAGCCUCUCACAGACUACUUCCUCUCAGGGAGACACCUCUACGAGCUCAACAGAACCAAUCCUAUUGGGAUGCGAGGUCACAUGGCCAAGUGUUAUGGCGACCUGGUGAUGGAGCUGUGGAGUGGGACACAGAAGAAUGUAGCUCCACUCAAACUCAGGUGGACGAUAGCAAAGUACGCCCCCCGUUUCAAUGGCUUCCAGCAGCAGGACUCUCAGGAGCUGCUGGCCUUCCUCCUGGACGGCCUCCACGAAGACCUGAACAGAGUCCACGAGAAGCCCUAUGUGGAGCUGAAGGACAGCGAUGGUCGGCCAGACUGGGAGGUGGCCUCUGAGGCGUGGGAGAAUCACCUGCGUAGGAACCGCUCCAUCGUGGUCGAUCUGUUCCACGGACAGCUCAAGUCUCAGGUGAAGUGUAAGACCUGUGGCCACAUCAGCGCUCGCUUUGAUCCCUUCAACUUCCUGUCUCUGCCUCUGCCCAUGGACAGCUCCAUGCAUCUGGAGAUCACCGUUAUCAAGCUGGACGGCUCCACACCCGUGCGCUACGGCCUGAGGUUGAAUAUGGACGAGAAGUACACCGGGCUGAAGAAACAGCUGAGUGAACUGUGCAGCCUGAAGCCCGAGCAGAUCCUCCUGGCUGAGGUCCAUUCUUCUAAUAUCAAGAACUUCCCUCAGGAUAACCAGAAGGUCCGUCUGUCUGUCAACGGCUUCUUGUGUGCGUUCGAGGUCCCGGUGCCGGGUUCACCAACAUCACUGAGCUCACCCACACUGACAGAUAUCACACCCAUAGCCAACAACACAGCUGCUAAUGGGCACGUGGGCAGUAAGCUAGACCUCAUCCCUAACGGUGGGCCCUGCAGCCCUGAGACGCCUCUGGCCAACGGGGUCGCCAAUGGACACAUCACACCGGUGCACGAGAGCCCCUUUAUUGGAUACAUCAUCGCUAUGCACAGGAAGAUGAUGCGCACAGAGUUAUACUUCCUGUCAUCUCAGAAGAACCGACCCAGUCUGUUCGGCAUGCCGCUCAUUGUUCCCUGCACUGUGCACACCAGUAAGAAGGACCUGUACGACGCAGUCUGGAUCCAGGUGUCCAGGCUGGCCAGUCCCCUGCCCCCACAGGAGGCCAGCAACCACGCCCAGGACUGUGAUGACAGCAUGGGCUAUCAGUACCCCUUUACUUUGAGGGUCGUGGGUAAGGAUGGAAACUCGUGUGCCUGGUGUCCAUGGUACAGGUUCUGCAGAGGCUGUACGAUAGAGUGCACAGAAGACCGAGCUUCUGUAGGAAAUGCUUACAUAGCUGUGGACUGGGAUCCAACUGCCCUGCAUCUCCGCUACCAGACCUCCCAGGAGAGGAUUGUGGAGGAGCACUGCAGUGUGGAGCAGUCUCGGCGAGCUCAGGCUGAGCCCAUCAGCUUGGACAGCUGUCUGAAGGCUUUCACCAGCGAGGAGGAGCUGGGAGAGGACGAACUCUACUACUGCUCCAAGUGCAAGACCCACCGACUGGCCACCAAGAAGCUGGACCUCUGGAGGCUGCCACCUAUACUGAUUGUCCACUUGAAGCGCUUCCAGUUUGUGAAUGGUCGCUGGAUCAAGUCCCAAAAGAUCGUCAAGUUUCCACGGGAGAAUUUUGACCCCAGCGCCUUCCUGGCUCCCAGGGAUCUCGAGCAUCGCUGCCUCCACUCCCGCAGUGAGAGCGAGGAUCUGCUGAGGGUCGGAGAAGACAAUCUGUCCUCCAUCUCUGCGCCCGCUGGCUUUGGCAACCUCCCCAAAGCUUCCCCAGCUUCAAGCAGGAAGUCUGCUCCCUCUCUCAGCCGGAACAGUAGCCCGUCUGGCAGCCCGAAGGCCGGAAGCGGAGGCCGCAGACCAGGUCGGUUGCGCCUUCCCCAGUUGGGCAGCAGACAUCGCCUCUCCAACAGCAAGGAGAACCUGGACGGAGCAGCUAAUGCCGAGGCUGAAUCGAGAGACGAUGCACCACAGGCAGACCCAGAGGGUUCAGCAGCAGGAGGAGCGUCAGGGCUUCAGGGGUCAGGAGAGGGCGUUACAUCAGAAUCGUCCUCCGGUAGUGAAGCAUCCAGCAGCCACUGUGACGUGGUCCUUGUGAACGGAGACAGCAACGGGCUGUGCUCAGACUGCAGCACAGAGAGCAGCACGGAGCCGGACGGCUCUCUGCUGCAGCACAGAGACAACAUGUGUCUGGAUGCCAUAUACAACCUCUAUGCAAUAUCAUGCCAUUCAGGAAUAUUGGGAGGAGGCCACUAUGUGACAUAUGCCAAAAACCCCAAUGGGAAAUGGUACUGUUACAAUGACAGCAGCUGUAAGGAAGUGCACUCUGAGGAGAUCGACACCGACUCGGCCUACAUUCUCUUCUACGAGCAGCAGGGAGUCAACUACUCCCAGUUCCUGCCAAAGAUCGAUGGCAAGAAGAUGGCCGACACCAGUAGCAUGGACGAAGACUUUGAGUCAGACUACAAGAAAUACUGCGUCCUCCAGUGACCGCAGCUCGUCUUCCAUCAGCCAGCACUACGCCCGCUCGCCUCUUUCAGCGUGCUGCUCUGAACAGGAAGCGCCAGAAGAUCUCACGAACGGCUAACAGUUGAACCGCGCGCCGUCUUUAGGGCUGCUUCGCAGCACUUUCUAAACUCGACUGCAAACACGGAUUGGUGAAAGGUUUGCUAGGACAACAGCGAAGCCCCUCCCUGUGAAAGCACCCAACCGGUGCACUUUGCUGAGCCCAACGAACUCCCAUCAGCUCCCACCCCGUGAACCUCGCCAUAACAUAGAUGUAAAAUAUACUUGCACACUAACGCAUCUCUGAAUGUAUGGCAGUACGGCCGAGUCAUGCAGCGAUGUUGCUUUCUUAUCGUGCAUUCAUCACUUGUGAUGUGAGGAUUCAAAACAAAAGACAGCUUUUUCUACCCAGAGUCACAAUUUGACCUGAGCAGGGAAAAACCGAUGUGCUCCAGGUGUGAGUCCUUGCAGGCCUACGGAUGCCAACUGUACACGGGGCCCAGCGUUCACUGUGUGCUGGAGUCACAUUUAGUGCCACGGGUCAACGUGAUGCGGAGACGACGGAUGCCAGGGCAAGCUUUCAAACGAAUGGUUCUGCUGAGGUUUUAUUAGCGAUAGUGUGAGUAGGAAAACACGAGUCAUACGCUACCUCAUCGCUUCCCGCAUUCUUUCAGCCAACUGGACCCCAAAAGUCUGUGACAGUAUUAAUAUCAUGAAAUGCUUCCUUUUAGUGUAGGAGACUCGGUACAUACAUUUCAGGAACAUCCCCCACAAAGACCCCCCCCUCCCCUUCCAGGACCCUCGCACAGGUCCUGAUGUUCACAUCAAAUUCGGCACGUUUGCCAAAAACUGUGUUUGGUCCUGCAGCUGCCAAAUAUCCACGGUGAUUUGUGCAAUGUUGACCAGUAUGUAGCCACAACGACUGAGAACCUGGGUUUGUUUGGGACAGGUGCCAUGAUUUAAAAAAGAUGUACGGUGUAUGUUUAAUUGCUUUUUUUUUUGAUUAUGUAAAUGUGUCAUUUUAGAGGAUCUGCUUUAUUUUUUUAUUUUUUCUUAGAGUUGCUUCAGGCUACCUAAAGGCCCCACCUGUAGACAUCAGGCCCAUCUCCAUGGGGCUGUUGCAAACCUCUGCAGUUCUCUACUGUCGACUCAAACCUGGACUUCCUGCGUCCAUCACAGCCAAUUACUUCUUUUACCGUUUGUUAUUUUAAAAGUGUCAAAACUGAAGAACCAGAGGUUUUUUUUGUAAUUUGCUCCUUGUCAAAGCCUGUAAACCACAUUACCCAUAAUGCUAUUCAAAAUCCAACUUUAGUCUUUCUUACUGUGUCUCAUAUGGCAUACUUCUGUACUUACACUUCCCCUUUCGAUUGCUAAGAACCUGCAUGAGUCACACAGAUCGGUGUGAGAUGUUUCUAACCAGGUGUCACCUUGGCUACUUUGCACAGAUGCAGGGAAGCCUUUGUUAACCAUGAGUGUUACGUGUGUUGCACUGUUGGGUUUUUUUGUUUUUCACGCAACUCUACUAGAGCAGCUUUGCAUGAUUCACAGUUCGGGUACUUUUAGUUGCACCGUGCAAACGUGGAGUUGGAAUAGCACCUGGGUUUUAACUUCUGUUCCUGAAGCGAUCAGCUUUCAUAUCUCAGUGAAUUCAUACAGACCUGAUAAACCUUCCCGGACUGUGAGGUCAGAAGUCAUGCUGUUUAAUAUGAGCAGUGACUUUUGCACCAGUGUGUGCACGAUAGGAAAUCAGGAAGAGGUCCGUCAGUGUCGAGUAUGGACGUGCACUCAUAGAUCGGACAGAUAUCUAACAAAUAUCUCUGAUAAAUUCACGCUCGUGUGUGAUUUCAGACAACUCUACCCUGUCAGAGUUCACACACUGUGUCAGACAGUUUGUAGUGUACUAACACGAGUAUUUCAUUUGAGACACAGUGAGAGGCGAAUGCAGUGACCAAUGGAGCGGCUGCAGAGCGUUGGUCAGCUCGCUUCUCUCCGACUCCACAUCAUUACAUUUUUAAUGCUUCCAUCUUGUAUUUUUGAGUUGUUUUAAUGUGUAAUAGGAACAGAGCUCCCUUUUAACAGCAUGUUUUUGGCUCGGCCUCGGGUUCAAUGCUGGUUAGCACACCAAAACCCUGUAGUAUGAGUGUGCAUCACUGACAGAACACGGAUAAAGAUGCAGUGAAGUAUCACUGCAGUGGUCCCACCUCCUGCUGCUUAGAUGAUCAUAGAUGCUCCUGGUACACUUUUUAUUUUUAGGGGGAAAAAAUGAAUCUAUGGAUAACCUCUUGUUGGCUAGCUCACUGGCUACAGCCUCCACAGGCUGGUAUAUUAGUCACUUGCGCACUUGGCCACACCUGCCCUGCCUCGUGUAUGAGCAGCCUGCUUGUGAACGACACCACCAAUGCGAGCAUUCACCUUUCUGAGCUUUCUGGUAUCGAGCCCGGAGAGCCGUGUGAGGUGCCCCCUUCCUGUACAGUCUCUGAUCACUGCAGCGGGGGUGCUGAAACCACGUAUUUGUGAAUGGGUACCAUCAAAGCACAACACAAAUUGUAAGGUUUUACUCCAGCUUCUGUAUUUCUAGCAGAUCUUAAUGCCCAGUCUCAAUAGAUGGACUUUCACAAUCUCAUUUUAAUAGCUUAGUGUUUCAUAUCUUAAACCAGUUUCCCCCUUUUCCUCAGCUGAGGCCAUCCAGUGGGCCAGUCCAACUCUGAUGGGUGUCCAACAAAAGCGAGUGACAUGUCAGUGUAGACAGAGCAGUGGCAACAGUGUCCAUUUUUAAUGAUUUCAUUUCUUAGCUGCUGGCAUAACGUUUGACUGGGAUGAUGGUUUCUGGUGGAAAUGAAUAAAUAUUUAAACUCUUGUUUUUUCAGGAAGUUCUAUGAAAGUUUUAAGAAAAAUCAAAUAAGUGUCUUAGAACGUUUUCACCUUUUGCCGGGAUGUUUUCAGGGAAAUGAUUUGGAAACAACCAUCCCCCCGUAGACAGAUGUGCUCACGUGUGACCCUUGGAAAGUAACCAAAGUCUGUUGUUUGUGUGAGGACCGUAAAUGCAUCGCUACACGAUUGGAGCCAACGUUUGAGCAAAUGAUUUGUUUCUGUGGGCCGAGUCAAAGUGCUGCUUUGACGUCCGUUCCUCCUUUUAUCUGAAGGUUUGGCUGCUUUGACGUGACUGCUGAGGUCUCUUUGAGAUGGACGAGCCCAUGUUUCCACCGCAUGGUUCCAUCUGCAGAGUUCUGCGUGUCUGCUUUGUAGCAGCAACGGCGGAGCUCCUGUCACGUCAGGGGGCUCCGUCUAAUCACUGUGAACAGACGGCAGACUGUCGAUGGCGCCCGGCUUUGUCUUCUAGAGCGCAGAGCCUCGUCUCUGCGCUCGUCCCCUUUUUUAGCUGCUGUAUUUGUGAGGAGACGACUUUGUUAUGGAUGUACUUGGAGAUAUAUCUGUCACUGAAUGAAACUUUAUUUCCUUCUGCAAAAAUUACAUUUGUUGAACAAAUGAAAAUGUACAUAAGAGUGUUAUUUAUGUUUGCUUGGCCAGCUCUUUUUCUUUUCCCCUCCACCCCCCUGCCAGUGCACCGAGCUGUAGACGAUGUCCAGUUUGUGUCUGUGGUUGAAGGUUACCACAGGACUCAAAGGAAAAUUUGUCCCUUGAGAGCUCAGUUUGCAAUGUUUGCUCUACUUAAAGGUGCAAUAGAUGUCAACUUCUUUCUUUUUCUCUUUGUUUCUUGGGCUGUGAAUGUGCCCUCAAACGGCCGGUAGCUUAAUCUCUUAGCAGAAGUGUUUCAUGUCGGGGUUACUUUCAGCACAAUUUUUCUAAUCCAGGAACGAGGAUUUGACGCCCAGGGAAACCGGACUAUCUCUGAAACUGGGCAAACACGGAUUCUGUAGAGCAUCGGGCUAACAUCUGAAGCCCCGCCCCCCAGGAAGAUUAGUUCGCAGUGUGUCAGGCAGUGCAAUCGACUACUGAGCUGUCUUUCAGUGUGUGUAGCCUCUUUUUUUAUUUAAGUUCAUAUCUGUCUGAUGUGAACCAGAUGUGUUAAUUUAAGGAACUUUUUUGUAAGGUGUUUGUUGGAAGAAAGUCACAUUGCACUGACAUAAAAACGUGUACAUAAAGAAAACGUGUUUUGUAAAUAAGCCAAUGAAAACUAUGUAUUUGAAUAUGAACUGUACAAAAUCCUGUACCUGUAGUUGUAUAUGGAGUGAUCCUGUUGAUCUGUAACGAAAUACCCAAGCAACAAAUUAAAUUCAGCAGAGGAAAUGACA